GGGCAAAGAUAUAUAUAUCGUGGAUAUGUAUGUGGUUCCUACCUGGAAGUCCAAAACAGCUGACGCGUUGGCCAGUUUUCCAUGACCUAGCGCACCGCAUUGCUCCAGGUCAGUGGACAGUAAAGUUCGGCAGAGACGUCAAGGGUUUGCCUCACCAAACCACGGGCAAUGACUGUGGUGUCUUCAUACUGAUGUAUGCACUGAACUUCAGCACAGAUGCUCCACUUUGGUUUACCGAGCGGGACAUAGCACAGAUCCAGAAAUGGUGGUGCAUUAUGCUGAUGGAACGGUACCAGAUUGAAGGCCACGGACAGAGGUUUUCUUACUGGACCAAUGAGGCACUGGAGCCAGUGUACAGGGUCCCAAAGAAGCAAAAGACAGAACAUGAGCUGCCAAACUGUCUUCUUUCGGACAUUCUGAUGGAAAUAGUUCUCCAGGAAGGUGAAAAAGCGUACUCAACACUCGCUCUAGUGUGUACCACCUUCAGAGACACAAUGUCCACUGUGUCUUUCAGAAGAGGGGCCCACUUUCGCUGGCUUGAGAGUGUUGCUACAUGGAGUUGGUUCUCUGCUUCAUACAAGCAGGAUUUCAACGUCAUGUACACCAUUGACACCUGCCGUGGAUGCUUGGAGCAAAAACUGCAAACCAGGUAG